AACUUCCGGUAGUUUUUGCAAAAUCCCAAGCGGAAGAGACCUCCCAAACUCCAAAUUCUCUGGUCUCGCAGGGAAAAAUCAGCCAUAAGUGUUAAAUAGUGUAUGUAUGGAGUUUCCGAAUCUUUCUACUCAAGCUUUUCACAGUUUAUUUAACUCGAAUUCAUAGCUGAAUCUCAUACGGAAACCCUACUUCUUCACCAUUUUUCCAUUUCCAGCCGAGUUGUUCGGAACUCGAUUCGAGCUCUUCGCCGCCGUUGCCGCCGGCCUCAGACUCGUAUCGCGACUCUCUCAUGUAGCGUUUCAGAUGUGAGUUCUGUGUUCAAGUGGUGAGAGAGAUGUGCACGGAGAUUAGUAAUCGGGAAAAUAACAAGGAAAUGGGUUGGCCAGAGAAAGGAGGAUUUUGCAUAAAGUGUGAUAGAGGUGGCAAGGUGUUGGUUUGUAGUGAUAGUAACUGCCCUAUAGUUGUUCAUGAGGAGUGCAUGGGGUGCCCAGUUAAAUUUGAUGACAGGGGAAACUUUUAUUGCCCAUACUGUUUAUAUAGGCAAGCUAAUGCAGAAUCACUUAAAGCAAGGGAAGAUGCUAUGCUUAAAAAGCAAGCUCUGUCCCGCUUUCUGGAUAAUGAAGUGACUAUUGGUGACAAACUAGUGCAACCAUCUAUGGGGAAAUCACCAUCAAAAAGGGCUGACAAAUCAUCACCUGAAGAACGUGCUGGUUUCUUGCAAAGUAAAUGCAAUAAAGUCAGCGAAGGGAUGCAAACAGAACGUGAACCAGAGGUUGAUAACCAACAAAUAGAUAGAGGUGUUGAAGAUCGUCAGGAAGAUGGCCCCUCGAGUGAGAUACCUGAAAGAGAAAAGAAAAUUAGGAAAAAGGCUAAACGAUUGCUAGCAGAAAAUGAACCUGAGGCUGAUGACCAACAACUAGAUAGAGGUGUUGAAGAUCAUAAAAAAGAUGACCACCUGAGUGAGAUACGUGAAAGAGAAAAGAAAAUUAGGAAAAAGGCUAAACGAGUGCUAGCAGAAAAUGAACCUGAGGCUGAUGACCAACAGCUAGAUAGAGACUUUGAAGAUCAUCAAGAAGAUGGUCACUUGAGUGAGAUACCCGAAAGAGAAAAGAAAAUUAGGAAAAAAGCUAAACAAAGGCGAGCAGAAAAUGAAACAGAGGUUGAUGACCUUCAACUAAAGAGAGGUGUUGAAGAUCAUAAAAAAGAUGACCACCUGACUGAGACACCUGAUAGAGGAAAGAAAAUUAGGAAAAAAGCAAAUCAAAUGCUUGCAGAAAAUGAACCAGAGAUUGAUGACCAACGACUGGAUAGAGAUGUUGAAGAUUGCCAAGGAGAUGGCCACCUGAGAGAAAUACCUGAAAGAGAAGAGAACAUCAAGAAGAAAGCUGCACAAAUGCAAGCUGGCAGGAAGGAAAAUGAAAAUGGUGGUGGUGCAAAAGCUGACCAGAUGCAGGGAAAAGCACAUGAAUCUGCAGCAUCCUUCAUGAAUGAAGAACCUGAACCCCAGUUGCAUUUGAAAGCCAAGAGAAGGGUUGAAACUGGUGCUUCAAUAUCUAGAGAAUUUGAGGCACUUUUGAGACGAAGCAACUACAAUAUGGUAAAUAAACCUGAUAGAAAAAAGAAAAUUAGGGGAAAAGCAAAACAAAUGCUUGCAGAAAAUGAACCAGAGGUUGAUGACCAACUACUAGAUAGAGAUGUUGAAGAUUGCCACCCGAGAGAAAUACCUGAAGGAGAAAAGAAGAUGAAGAAAGCUGUACAAAUGAAAGCUGGGGGGAAGGAAAAUGAAGCUGGUGGUGGUGCAGAAGCUGAGCAGAUGCAGGGAAAAACACGUGAAUCUGCAGUGCCCUUCGCGAAUAAAGAACCUGAAUCCCAGUUGCAUAUGAAAGCCAAGAGAAGGGAUGAGACUGGUGCUUCAACAUCUAGAGAAUUUGAGGCUGUUUUGGGACGACGCAACCGCAAUAAAGAAUCAAAUGAAAUUGAGGGUCAACCUUUAAAUUCUGAUUCUAAAAGGUCAAGCCGGACAGCUUUCUCACCAAAGAAAUUUUCAGGGCUAACUGGGGAGACUAGUUCCCCUGACAAGCCGAAACAAGCUGAAGAGUAUUCACCAUUGCAGAGAAAUCAAUUUCCAAAUGGAAGACGUCAAAAAUUAAUGUGGAGCACUGAAGAGGAAGAAAUGCUUCAGGAAGGUGUUCAUAAAUUCUCAAUUUCGGCUAACAAAAAUAUUCCUUGGAGGAAGAUCUUAGACUUUGGUCGUCAUGUGUUUCAUCCAACCCGUAUGCCAGCUGAUCUCAAGGACAAAUGGAGAACCUUGUGCUUCAGAUAAAAUUCAGGAAGUCAUUUUGAAACUAUGCUACUCUUAAAAUGAAAAACAUUUUGGUUUGUCUCCUAUAUUUCACUUUCCUAAAUUUGUUUCCUUGGGUUACUUAUGAUCCUUUUUUUUAGUCAACUUUUGUUUAUUAG